ACCCACGCUGAGUCAGUCACAGAGUCUUAGAGGACAACUUAAUACCUGACACUCAGCAAGCGGCUUUUAUUUUCUUGACAUUUGCUUUAUGGUUUCUCACUUGGAGUCCAUCUGCAGCCUCAACUGUUUGGCUGACGGCCUGGACAGCAUGAGCAUGUCAGGCCUCCUCAACCUCAGCGGCCUGGGCCGGAUCUGCGGCUCCAGCAACGACAUGGUGGUGCUGGACCGGGUCAAGAGGAAGAACUCUGUGAGGCGGAUGUCGAUCAUUGAAGAUGGUGAAAUAGCCGAGGUCCUCUAUCUGAUUCCCAAACAGUCCAUGAUGGAGCAGCUGCCUUUUCUCAACCCCAACGACUACAUCGUGUGUGAGAAGCUGGCUUCUUCCACUGCAGACAUGUUAGACAUCCUGCACAACCUUGACAGCCACACGUGUCCUCCGGAGGGGAAACGGGUCAUCCAGUGUUUCAGAUGUGGGGAUCCAUGCAAGGGAGAGGUACUGCGUGUCCAGAACAGCUACUUCCACAUAAAGUGUUUUUCAUGCAAGGUAUGUGGCUGUGACCUGGCUCAAAGUGGCUUCUUCACGAAGAAUGACGACUACCUGUGCCCGCUGGACUUCCAGAGGCUCCACGGCACGCUGUGCAGCGGCUGUGGGGAGUUUGUGGAGGGAGAGGUGGUCACAGUCCUGGGGAAGACGUACCACCCAUCAUGCUUUGUGUGCACUCUUUGCAGACAGCGCUUUCCUGCGGGGGAUUGUGUCACCUUCAGUGGAAAAGACUGCCUCUGUCAGCGCUGUAUUCGACCCAUAUCACCCACUCCGAACAAUGUCAGCUAUCCCAGCAAUUGCUCUGGCUGCGGCAGAGACAUAAAGAACGGACAGGCUCUGUUAGCCAUGGCUGGUCAGUGGCACCUCGGCUGCUUCAAGUGUAAAAUCUGCAACAAAGUGCUCAGUGGAGAAUAUAUCAGCAAAGAUGGUGUUCCAUAUUGUGAGAGGGAUUACCAGUUUCAGUUUGGGAUACAAUGUCAUGCAUGCCAGAAGUUUAUAACUGGAAAAGUCUUAGAGGCAGGGCACAAACAUUAUCACCCCAGCUGUGCCAGAUGCAGCCGCUGUGACAAAGUCUUUAAAGAAGGGGAAGAAAUGUUUCUGCAAGGAAAAACUAUUUGGCACCCUCAUUGCAGAGACAUCAGCAGCAGAACGGAGGAUAACUACAGGGUCAGCAGACAAAAAACACCUUGUCUUGAUUUCUAUUACCCCCCACGUGAAGUCAAGCCAACAUCGUCAUCUGAAAGCUCGUCCUCCAGGCCGGGCUCGUGCACCCCGGGGAGUCCUGGUCGAACCAUCUGCGCAAAAGUAGAUAAUGAGAUCAUUGAUUAUCGAGACUUAGCGGCGAUUCCCAGAGUCAAGGCUAUCUAUGAUAUAGAGCAUCCUGAUAUGAUAUCUUAUAAGAGUGUGAACGACACCCCCUCUACUUUGGACAACAAGAGCCAAAGACAGGACAGGCAGAGCCCUGCAGAGUCACCAGGAAACGUAUCUGUAACCACUGAGGACAGUUUAGAAAUACGGAAGUACAUACCUCAAUCUACAAGCCACGGAUCUUUUGGAGUUGGGAUGCACACUCGUCAUAGCUACACCCCAACGCUGUCCAGAUCCCCACAACACUUCCACAGGCCAGGCUCGAAGCCCUCUCCCUCUUUAGUCUCUGACAACAAAAUCACCAGCCCCACCUCCCCUAUAUUUCACCCCACCCUCCCUCACUCCAAAGACGAAGGCUUCAACAUGUACAGGAGGCCUCCGAUAUACAAACAGAAAGAUCCUCUUUCCCCCACAUCCCAAACAUUUUCCCUGCCCGGAUACGGUCGCAGCGGUCUCAAUCCGCCAAGGUCUGCUGAUUUCUCCAACUACAACAGUGACAGGUUCAAAGGUAGGUGUCUCAUCUGUGGCGGUCAACACCCAUUAACAUACAUGGACAGAGGAGUGUCUAUGCCUAAUUUGUUGGAACCAAAAAUCUAUCCGUAUGAAAUACUCACAGUAGUAAACAGAGGACGAGUGAAGCUUCCCAGGGAUGUCGACAGAACACGACUCGAGCGCCACCUAUCCCAGGAUUCAUUCUUUGAGGUCUUUGGCAUGGACAUUCAAGAAUUUGACAAACUGCCACUUUGGAAACGUAAUGACAUGAAGAAGACGGCAAAUCUCUUCUAAAUGCUGCCUCAAGAAUCUUUCAGCUCAUUGAGAAUAUGCAGUAAAUGUAAAGUUUUGCAUUUGCUACAAGAAACAAAACAAACAAAAAAAAAAAUAUGCCAUCCUUUCUGGGGCUACUUUAUUAAAAAUAACUCUUUUUUUUUUUUUUUUUUUUUUUUUUUACCUCAAGGCAGAUAUGAACAUGAGAACUCACUCUAUCUAUAUUUGUAGCUUCAGUAAUAAUCAUCUGUCAGCCCCCAGAUAUUACAUUUGCUUUGGACAAAUCAGUUUACCUUGCUGUUGCUAAAUCCAAAAAGCAGCAGAUUGCAUGUCAUUUUUAUAGCAUGCUGGAAGCACAGUCAGUUUGUCCUACUUAAAAGCCUUUUGAAAAUACUAUCCAUACCUGAUAUCUAUGGUGCAAUGAUUUAUAUAAUAGUGGAUUCUUUUAAGAACUGGAUGCAUUUGACUUUUGUUGAUACUUUCUUAUGCUAUUCCUUUUUUUUGUGACACCUUUUAUACUCAAUAUGAUGAAGCAUCAAAACUGAGAAAAAACAGUCUUGUGUGUCUGUCACUGAAUGAUCACUGAAAUGUGCUUUGUUUUGGACUCUUAAAAAGACACUGAAUUUUGUUUGAUAUUUUGCUUUGACUUUGCUCUAUUAGUCAUCACAGUAUAUUUUAUGUGGAUGCUGUUCUCCCAUCACAACAACUCAAGCGCCCUUAAUAAACUCUCACACUGAGGAAAGAA